GACUGUUUAAUUGACAGAUCAUAGACCGGCUUUCAGACUGCAUGGCUUUUGGGUCCUUGACGCCUUGUGAGACUUGCAAAGGGCAGCUUGUGUUUAAGAGUGAUGCAUACUACUGUACUGGAGACAUCUCUGCGUGGACCAAGUGUGUAUUCAAGACUCAGACGCCUGAUCGCAAAGACUGGGUCACUCCUAAGGAGUUCAGUGAGAUUCCAUUCCUGAAGAAGUUUAAGUUUAAACGGCAGGACCGUGUGUUCCCCAAAGAUGCCCCUCCUGCAGCCCCCACCCCUUCGUCUGCUGCUGCUACUGUGACCUCAGCUGCCCCGAGUGCAUCCACUGCCACCAGUAAUAACCUCACUGAGGUGCCUGCAGGUCAGUGAUUCUGAGAGAAACCUUGAGAAAUACUGGGGUUUAUUUAGUGUUUUUUUUUUACUGAACAGCAGAUGCACACACA